AUGAAGCUCUUUAAAUCAGCAUUCGGAAAGAAAGAAUAAGAUAAUAACUAAGAAAAAUUAAAAUAAUCUAAUGGUACAUUUAUAAUUGAUGAAUAAUUUAUGACUCCAGAAUUUUUAUAUAAACCUUCAUAAGAUGGAAUCAAAAAAUUAUCAAAAUAAUUCUUUCUUUCUUUAUCUACUAUUGAAAGUACUUUUAAUUUGUAAUAAAUUAAAUCGCAUUCAUUAGUUGAAGAAUUAGUUGCAAUGUAUCAAGAAUGUGUUUAAAUUUAUGAUGGAUUAAUGGAUCCUAUUAAAUAUUAUUUCGUUGAUAAAAUAAAAAUUAUAUUGAAUUAAACUGAAAAAUUUUAAGGAAGAAAUCAUUCAGCAUCCUAGCAUAUCUUAUCGAUAUCUAAAAAUGAUUUGUAAAAACCAAAUUUAAAUGAUUAAAGACCUUUCUUCAGAGAAUUUGAAGAUUUUGCAGAUAGAGGUGAAAAAUUAACUGAAUUUGUUACACCUAGAGAUGAAGAAAUACUCUUUAAAAAUAAUAUCAAUAAACAUGAAGAAAUUAAAAAAAAAUUUGAUUUCUAAUAAUAGAUUAAAUAAUAAUAAGAAUAAUAAUCAUUGAAGAAAGACAAUAAUAAUCAAAAUAUUUAUUUUUCAAAAUCUCUCAAUUCUACACCAAUUGUAUAAUAAUAAUAAAAUUAAAAAUAAACAGAACAUAAAUAACAAAUUUAGUCUUAAUUAGAGAAUUAAGAAUUAUCAAUUUAAGCUAGAUUAUAAUUACGUUAAAAAAAUUAAAAAAUUAAAAAUGAACUAUGA